UCCUGUCAGUCACGUGAGGCGCCAAGAUGGCGGCGUCCGAGCGACAAAGUUGCUCUGAAUUGAGGGAUGCUGUUGUGGUGCAGGAGGGAACUAGGGAAGCGCCCCAGGACAUCAAGAUGGCACUUUAUAAACAUGGUCAGCUGAUCCCUUCUCUAGGAGAUGCAAAGUUCAGAAGCCCAAUAACUCCUCAAGUUAUAGAAAAGAAGUUUGAAUACUAUAGAAACAAUGAGACUUUAAAUACACAUGGAAUGUUAGUCUUUGGAACAUGUAGUGGUUUGUCUGGCAUCAUGGCAAACUUAGUUUUCAGAAACAGUUUCAAGGUUAAAUAUGAAGCUUUGAAGACCUAUGCAUCCUUGACUACACUUCCAUUUUUGGCUACCAUCGUUACUUACAAGCUCUUUGUAACUGAUGCUUUGAAAUCAGGUAACCUAAGCAAGGAGAGCUGUGUUCUGAGAAGUUCACUGGUUGGUGUAGCAUGUGGUGUUUCAUAUCCCAGUGCUUUGGCUUUUUAUAAAAAUGGACGUUUGGCAGUUAAGUAUCAGACUGUUCCACUGCCACCAAAAGGAAGAGUUAUGCUCCAUUGGCUACUCCUUUGUCAAACUGGGAUGAAAGCAAUGGCCAUUCCUCUGUUCUUUCAGAUAUUAAUGGGAGUGUUUAGUGGCUUACAUCACUACGGUGUAUUUGAAAAAACACAAGCAAGAUCUGUGCCUGAUGACUAACCAAAGAACCAGUGGAGCCAGUUCAGUGGAAUGAACUUCUUUAUAAUACAGACUUUGGCACUGGUCUAAGAGUGAAGAGUAACUCUGCUACUUUUGCCUAGUACAUAUCAGAUACUCAGUAAUUAUAAAUGUUAUAAAUGUUAAACAAACACAA